AUGCGUUUAACAAAAGCAAGUUCCAAUUUUGAGUCGGAUCCAAAAUAUAGAUCCUAUUCAAUUGCAAUAGAUAAAUGUCUUAAGUCAUUUGAGUAUUCGAAUGAAUGGGCUGAUUUGAUUUCUUCUCUUGUGCGCUUAAUGAAGUUAAUCCAACAAUAUGAUCGCUACGACGUUAUACCGGAAAAACGCUUGUUGGGUAAACGCCUGGCGCAAUGUCUCCAUCCUGCUCUCCCUCCAGGUGUUCACUGCAAGACUCUUGAGUGCUUUGACCUUAUCUUUCGCAUUAUGGGCCCCGAUCACCUUGCUGCUGACAUUAGUAUUUACGGUCCCUGUCUCUUCGGUCUCCUCGGUCCUUCCGCCAUGACCGUCAAGCCACUUCUCUUUAACCUAUUCGAAACCUACUUUCUUCCCCUCGGGGACAAGCUGAGAAAUGCGUUUUUGGGACUUUUACAAGGCCUGCUACCCGGUCUUGAAGAAGGAUCAGAGUUCUUUGAACGUGGUAACAAUAUGAUUGAAAAGUUUUGCCAGGUUGUAGGGCCUGAAUUCUUCUACACAUGCCUUUGGCAGGUUAGCUUCAACCAUAUUUCAAUCUCCUCGAAAAUCUGUUUACUCUAUUUAAACUCGACAUUCAAAGCAAGUCCAGUACCUGAUGCAGAGUUUUACACGCAUAACUAUUAUCGUACACAAGGCUUGCCCCUGCACUUGAAAAAUAACUGCUCUUAA